AAAUCGACUCAAAGACCUUUGAAGUUUGAAGGAUGAAGAGGAAGAGGGAGGAGGAGGAAGCAAACGGCGAAAGCAUGGAGAUCGUGUGGCAAACUCCGGCGAAUCCACCUGAGAAACACGAUUAUAUACUUCUCAAUGGGAUGCGUUAUGUCAGACCUUACUACUUCGAGUUCAUCUCUCAUGUUAAGAAUCGAUGGGCGGGCAAAACUGUUGUUGAUUUGUUCGCUGAGGAAUUCAAAGGCCGGCCAUAUGAUUAUUAUGUCAAUGCUGUCAAAUGUGGAAGGAUACAAGUAGACGGAGAGAUGGUGCCAGUUUCGUACAUUGUCAAGUCAUCACAAAAGAUUAGCCACUUCGUGCACAGGCAUGAACCACCUGUGAUGGCUUCGGAUGUUUCGAUUCUUCAAAAAGAACCAGAUGUUUUAACUGUUUGUAAGCCAGCAUCUGUUCCGGUGCAUCCUUGUGGUCAAUAUCGCAAGAACACUGUUAUUGGCAUCCUUCAGGCAGAACAUGGUUUGGCACCUCUGUUUCCGGUUCAUCGACUAGAUCGUCUUGUCUCAGGACUUCUCAUCUUGGCUACAAAUGCUUCAAAGGCUGACCUUUUCAGGCAGCAGAUUGAAGCUGGAAAGGUGAAGAAGCAAUAUAUUGCAAAAGUCAUUGGGGUAUUUCCUGAUGGUGAGCGGGUAGUUGAUGUCAACAUAAACUAUAAUGCACGAGAAGGAAGGAGCACUGCAGAGGCGGGCAACUGUGACCAGAAUUCUUCUGUAAAGGGAAAGGCUGCUUGUACAAAGUUCACAAAGAUUUGUACUGAUGGAACUCAUAGUACGGUCUUGUGUGAGCCGAUUACUGGUCGUACUCAUCAAAUACGUGUCCAUUUGCUUUAUACAGGCCAUCCAAUAGCCAACGACAUGCUUUAUCUCUCAGAAAAUGCUACUGAUCAGUCUAGAAGGGGAAUGAGGGCCGAUAAAAUUUAUGGUGAUUUGUCUCCUUCCAUAACAUACUCUUUACAUGAUGAUUGUGUUGAACAAUGCAAAGAGGAAUCCAGCAACGAUUUUAGCAUUGAUCCUAUGUGUACUAACUGCCCGAAUUUGGCUCCCAGAGGAUAUGACAGGGAUGAAGAGCCCUUAUGGCUACAUUGCGUGAAAUAUUCUGGACCUGGAUGGGUUUAUGAUUGUCCAUAUCCAGAAUGGGCUUUUCUUGACUAAUCAUCACCUCGAUCAUUUUUUUUUUGUCCCGGCUAAAGAUACUCUUAAUCGCUGAGGAUGGAAGUAUUAGAACAAGUAUGAUUUGUGAUGGUUGACUCAGGCUGACAUUUGAUUGGUUGAUUCGAAUUGGAUUUGUCUGUAAUAAUACUUGUGUUUGUGCAUAUGAUCCGAUUC